UAUUUUUAUUGUUGACAGUCUGCUCGAGUGUGUCCAUUUUUUUUGUCUACGGUGCACCCUCACUUUCGAAUAGAAUCAUUUUUUCACCGUAGAACUGAUAAGAAAAUCCCUCUACACUCGUUUUAUCGAGCAUCGAAAUGACUGCGGAUCUGGAUCAGUGGAUAGACAUUACCAAACAUUGUAAAUACUUGCCCGAAAAUGACCUGAAAAAGCUGUGUGAUAUAGUUUGUGACUUGCUGAUCGAGGAAUCCAAUAUUCAACCAGUGAGCAGUCCUGUGACAGUCUGUGGCGACAUUCACGGUCAGUUUUACGACUUGGAAGAACUGUUCCGCACGGGAGGACAUGUGCCAGACACCAAUUACAUCUUCAUGGGUGAUUUCGUGGACCGUGGUUACUACAGUUUGGAGACGUUCACCCGUUUGCUAACGCUGAAAGCGCGAUAUCCGGACAAAAUAACUCUGCUAAGAGGUAAUCACGAAUCCCGACAGAUAACCAAAGUGUACGGGUUUUAUGACGAAUGUUAUACCAAAUAUGGCAAUGUGAACCCUUGGAAGUACUGCUGUCGGGUUUUCGAUUUGCUGACCAUUGCUGCCUUGAUCGACGAAGAGGUUCUCUGUGUUCAUGGUGGACUAAGUCCGGAGAUUAAGACAUUGGAUCAAAUCCGGUCCAUCAAUCGUGAUCAGGAGAUUCCUCAUAAGGGUGCUUUUUGUGAUUUGGUUUGGUCGGACCCGGAGGACAUUGAGACAUGGGCGGAAAGCCCGAGAGGAGCCGGCUGGCUGUUUGGCGCCGCGGUGACACGGGAUUUCAUACAUAUCAACAAGUUGGAGUUAAUCUGCCGCGCCCAUCAGUUGGUGCACGAAGGGAUAAACUAUCUGUUUGAUCAAAAGCUGGUUACCGUUUGGUCCGCUCCAAACUAUUGCUAUCGGUGCGGUAACGUUGCAGCGAUACUCAAGUUUAAUACGUCAAAAGACUCCUUGGUGGAAAUCUUCAAGGCCGUUCCGGACAACGAAAGAGUCAUGCCAAGUCAGCGUAUUACUCCGUAUUUCUUGUAAAAAUUGAAUCGUGUCUUAGCGUCUAACUAUAUUGAAAAGCUUGUGUAACCCUAAAGUGAAUAAAAUUACGCUUUGUGA